AUGUUUUUCCACGCAAGGACAAAUUUUCUGCGAUUCCAUCAAUCAUUCAAAUCCAUUAUACAAACUAACUCUCUCUAUUUCCCUGAAAAAAUUAAAGUGGAUGUACCACAAAUAAGAGAAUAUGCUCGAAGAAGAAGGAGACACGCUGCAAAAGCAAUUCCGGAUAAUUCUCUCCCAUUUACGGAUGCUGUGUCAUUAAUCAAGGCCGUUGAAGUAGGAAAACCGAAUUCAACAUGGGAAUUGCAUGUAGAAUUAAAAUUGGGGAAAGGUGGGAAAAGUGCGCCUCCAAUUCGUGGAUCAAUUUUUUUGCCAAGAUCAAUGUCAAAAACAAUGCCAAUGGCCAAGAGAGAUACUGUUACCAAUGAUAUCGCUAAUACAACGAAGGAUUUGACUGAAAAAACAG